AUGCAAAAACUGACGGAGCGCAUAGACGACCUGAAGCAAAGAAUCGCUGCUUGGGGAAAGCGGAUUCGGCGAUAUACCGAGAGGUCGACACCAGUUUACCAGAAUCGUCUCUUCCAGAGUGAUCAUAAGAGGCUCUAUAAAUCAUUGGAGCGAUCAAUAGUAAGUGGAACGGGCCCAGCACCAAAUCAGGCCGACACGGUCGCAUUCUGGCGUAGCCUGUGGUUAGAGCCCGUAAACCACAACGAGGGCCCUUGGACGGAAGUUGUGGCGAGGCAGUGUCCGGGUAUUACGCCCAUGGACCCCGUCAUCAUAACGCCGGAUGACGUAGCUGAGGCGGUCCGUAUGGCCCCGAACUGGAAAAGUCCGGGGCUUGACGGGCUGCAUCACUACUGGCUGAAGGGGUUCAUGCCGGAUAUAAUGCAAAAACUGACGGAGCGCAUAGACGACCUGAAGCAAAGAAUCGCUGCUUGGGGAAAGCGGAUUCGGCGAUAUACCGAGAGGUCGACACCAGACCGGAAUCGUCUCUUCCAGAGUGAUCAUAAGAGCCUCUAUAAAUCAUUGGAGCGAUCAAUAGUAAGUGGAACGGGCCCAGCACCAAAUCAGGCCGACACGGUCGCAUUCUGGCGUACGCCUGUGGUCAGAGCCCGUAAACCACAACGAGGGCCCUUGGACGGAAGUUGUGGCGAGGCAGUGUCCGGGUAUUACGCCCAUGGACCCCGUCAUCAUAACGCCGGAUGA